UUCAAUAAGCGCCAGUCUUUCUGCUCACUUAGUCGAAGUAAAGUCUUUUAGUUUGCUGUUGUUUAAUAAAAAUGACUGCGAUUCGAUUAAACUGCGUAUUAUUGAGCUUCGCGCUGAUUGCUUUCCAAAGUGUAAAUUGCGCAUUCGAUCCGGAAUCAAUAUGUAGCCUAGUUAUGGAUGGCAUCAAAAUGAAGGAUCCGCGAGCCUGCGACACGUGGAUAGAGUGUCUCAAUGGAUCACCGAUUAGCGGUAGCUGCGACGAAGGAUACUUCUAUGAGCGAGAGAGCCAAAGCUGCUUGCCUGCCGAUGAGGUCAAGUGCAUCUCCAGCAAUCCGUGUGCGGCAAUCGAAACUGGUUUCGCGGCUGAUCCUUAUUCCUGCAACGGUUACUAUUACUGCAGAGAGGGACAAGCGACGCUGGGUGAAUGCCGAGCGGGUUAUAACUAUAAUCCCGGACUGGAGACCUGCAUCAGGGAUUAUCCAUGCACAAUUGGCAUGGAUCCGAAUAGCAUUUGCAACAUACUGCCCGAUGGUGUGUUCAUGAAGGACAGCAGCAACUGCAAUGGCUGGCAAAUGUGCUGGAGGGGCAAUGUGAUUAUCGACACCUGCAGCGACACCUUUUACUUUGAUGCUGCCCAGAGCAAAUGCGAAUACCCACAGAAUGUGCAGUGUUCACACACCGAACCUCCGCCCCAAAUUGCAGAUGACGAGACAUGUCCUCAGUCAGACAUCUUUGUGUCCGAUGGCAAGACUUGCAACGGGUAUUAUUAUUGCCAUGAGAACGACGCAGGAGAAAUGCUGCUGCUGGCCGGCACAUGCUCGGAAGGACGUUUCUUCAAUGCUGCACAGCAAGGCUCGUGUGUGCCCCAAGAGAAGUUGCAUUGCAGCUACGAUCGUUGUGUCAAUCGUGGACAGUCGCAUGUGGAGCUGGCUAACGUGUCGGAUGAUGGAUGUCGUGGCUACUCCAUCUGUCAAGAUGGAGUCACCAUCGGCAUAGGCAUUUGUCCCGCUGACCAACCGUAUUUCGAUGAGCUGACACAACGCUGCACGAGUGAGAUCAUCUCGUAUGCUGCUUGUGCCAAGGAAGUCAAAGACACCACCAUAGAAUAUAGCAUAAGAAAGUAGAAAAUAAUUAGGUAAUAAAUAUGUCGGAGGAAAUGUAAUCCAGUGGUAUGUUUGUUUGUUUGUUUGUUUAAGGUGUGACCAUUGGCUGUGUUGGUAGAUCCUGUUUAAGAACUGAGACUUUGUGCGACUUCUUAUGCGUUGCUAUGUGUGGUCACUCUUCUCUUCUGGCUCCCUCUCUCUAUUUCUCGAUUUAAAUGUGGCGUGAGACAGACACGUGUGAUCAAUAAAAGAGAACUGAUAACUAUGAGGAACAAAGGCUACGAGAACUCGCUGCAUCCGACAAAAAAUAAAUACUGGACGCCAGAACUAGAAGCUAACGACAGACGAAGUCGGCUUGCUUGAGGAUGACGCUGGUUCCUCGACAAAUAUGAUAAAUAAUCGAAAACACAAAAGGCGACCUAUGCUCGCCGUAUGAACACUGAUAACUCACUGGUACUUGUUCAGUUAACUGCUAUUAGUAGGUGUCAAGAACGAGUAUCUAUCUACCAAUGCCAAGA